UCCAUACGCAUAUUCAGAGCACGGCAUGGUAAAGUUACCCCAAGACUGGCUGUUUACUCUAAGCAUUCAAAACGGGAGCACUGUUUCUAGAUGAACAAAAGUGUUCAGUUGUAAAUGCAGAAGAAAAGCUGAGCAGUGUUCGUAUUGAUGUCGGAAGCUGCGCUUCGCUCUGCUGCCAUGACUCAAGAAACACAGUUCCAACUUAAUCCACAAGACUGGAGUGAGAUCUCUGCUGACAAUUUUCAGAGUAGCCCGUUCAGCAUUGAUACACCGUACGGGUACCAGCUUGACUUAGACUUUGUUAAAUACGUGGAUGAUAUUGAGCGAAGUGACACCAUUCGCCGACUGCAUUUUAACAAGCGGCCGGGGGUGGCAAAUGCUGCCUCUGAGCCUCAGCGCAUCCUAAACCCCACACACUGGACUUCCUCAGAGUCUCUGUCCUCAGUGAGCAGUGAUGAAGCCAAGAAACCCUCUCCCUCUUCGUCCUCUUCCUCUUCUUCUAUUAACAGUAGAAGACCCCCACUUCCCCAUUCCAAACCUAAAUCCUCCAGUAAAAGACCAGAGGUCCCUCAAGACCCAGUCACCUCUCAGAGGGAUGUACAUGGGAUGGCUACCCCAGCCACACAAAAUCCUUCCCCAAACAAAGCAAAUCCCUUAGUGGAAAAGACUUUGAUGGAGACAUGCAAGCGUCUGGAACAUGAGAAAGGACCUCCAGAACCACAGCCCCGGCGUAGACUGGCCAGUUUUGGUGGUAUUGGCUCUAGUGGUACCCUUUCUCCAUACACAGGCUGGAGUGCCCUAAAUCAAGGUGCUAAGAUGACAGUCCUAGACCAGCCCAAGCAAGGUACAUUGUUAAUGGGGAACCCCCUUAAAAUCAGCCCCUCAAGCUCCGGCCGGGCAUCUCCAGUGAGCGGUGUGAGCCCACUCCACCUUCAGAUGGUCAGGGAUCAGAUGGCUGCUGCUUUACGAAGGUUAAAAGACCUGGAGGAGCAAGUGAAGGCCAUUCCUGUCCUACAGGUGAAGAUUUCUGUUUUGCAGGAAGAAAAGAGACAACUGACCGCCUUGGUCAAGAGCCAAGAUGAAACUCAAAAAUCAAGCUCCAGCAUUGACAAAAAUGUUCAAGAAUUGCCCAGCAAACCAGCGAUGGAGGGUUGGGAGCACAGUGCCAUCUCUGGCUUGACAGAUUUUCAACAGCUCAGUGUUGAAAUGCAGCUGCUUGAAAGGAAGAUCCAAGAUGCACGUGUUGAAUCCUCGGCUUUCAAGAUGAGGGAUCGAAAGUCUGUUGCAGUUGGAGAUGACAGGAGCAUCGAUGAAGUUGUUGUCAUUCAUCAAGACAAAUUAAACUUUUGUAAGGAUGUUGCUGUUGAGGCCAAACUUGAGACUCAGUCAGUGGCUGUCAGCAUCACUGAGACUAUGCUCGGGGUGGUAUCCAACAAGGAAGCAGAAACCGAGCUGCACCAGCAAACCAUUCAGUAUUUAAGUGACCGGAUUCAGAUACUGGAGGCUGAGCUUAAAGAAGCAAUGCUGCAGGCAGAAAUGACUCGGCUGAGGAGUGAACUGCGGGAAGCAGAAACGAGAAACCGUGCCGACAAGAGUUCCCUCGCGCACCCACAGGUAAACAGCACUGCCACCCAGACAGGGUCGCAAACUCGGACUCUUGGGGUUGGAAACCACACCAUCCUUGUGGAUUCUGCUGUUGGAGGAGGACUAGAGCGGAUUUCCAUUGGUGUUGGAGUUUCCUGCAAACCUGAGGUGAAGGUUGCAUCGUCUGGCCCAGAUACACCUAUGGAAGAGUGGGAAAUGCGCAAAAGAGUAGAGCAAAAAGAUCAGUGUGUCGGAAGCAAGUGUGUGACAACACGCAGUCAAAGUGUUGGGACGACCGUGUGUAUGUGUGAUGCUGCUACAAUCACCUUAGAGACAAUGGAGAACAAGAGAAGCAUUUACAGCCAAACAGUGGGCUGCGGUUUCUCCACUGUUGAUUUGGAUGUCAGGUCGGUCAAAUCACUAAUAUCCCAAGGAACUGUCACUGACCCAGUUCGAAGGGUUGACCUGGGUGUAAUGGCAAUCCCACAGACUGUAUCUCAGCGUACCAGCACAGCCUUUUGCACCGUCUCGCGCAGCACCAGCACUUUGCAGGCCUGUAUCUCUGAAGCCAGCACCAACACAAAGCACACACUCACCAGGGAAAGACAUACCAACACAACACAUGCAAUGACCCGAUCUCUGGCAGUUGGCGAUAAGACGGUUUGCAACUGUGUGGCUGCUGUUCAGAUGCGCUCGGUUGGAACCACUUCAUGCUUGGAUAGAGGUACAAGCACCCCUGCUGUUCCUAAAGUUAUGACACGUGACAUGGGUGUUGGAAUGGCAAAUGUCACUGAGAAUCUCCUCAUAGGACUCCAUACACGCAAUAUUGCAUGUGGUCCAUCCCGUCUGCCAGAUCCGGUCAAGACACGUAGCAUUGGCGUAGAAGUGGGGGACGGGAGAAUACGCAACUCCGAGGGAGAGAUGUUUGUGCAGAACGAGCCUGGGCUUGACCAUUAUAUAGAUCGCAUGCAAAAAUUACUUAAAGAACAACAGACCCUGUUAACCGACAGUCACCCUGGGUCAAAACAUGAGGUCAUUCUCCAGUCCCGUGGUGUUUUAGAUGAACAAAUUGGAGGCACUGCACGAAACCAAACAUCAAAUGAGACUUCAAGAGUUAAAGAAAAGAAUCAAAUGCAGUUGCAGAUGUCUGCUGCUCUUCAUGGUUCACCCAGUGAUGAUCGCUGUCUCAGGUCCAUCAUGAAAAGGAAAAGCACCAAUCUGAGGUCCACGGAUAGUGUGAACCCUAAGCCUGCCUCGCAUGGAGGUAUUGUGGACCCCCUGUCUGAGGGUGGUGAUUCUGAGGAUGAAGAGAAGAAAAAAAGAGAAAAGAGGGAGAAAGAGGGGAUUAUCAAUGAUAAAGUGAUGAUUCUCAAGAGAAAAGAAAGGUAUAAAUUUAGUGGGAGGAUGCUUUCUGCCUGCCAGACUUUGGAGGUUCACCUCAAUGGCAGCAAGGUCAUCUCUAACAGAGAACUGCGUUCGUGUGUGAGCACAGUGCAGCAGGAGUGGUUCUGUGUGUCCAGUCAGAAGAGGGCAUGCCCACAGAUUGUGGAGGACUUCCUCUUCGCUUGUCGCCAUGUCUCGCCAGACGUCCUGUGCUAUGUGGCCAACAUGGCUGACCAAAAUGGCAACACAGCCCUCCACUACAGCGUGUCACACUCUAACUUCAGCAUAGUAAAGAUUCUGCUUGCUGCAGGAGUAUGUAAUGUUGAUCAUCAGAAUAAGGCCGGUUAUACUCCCAUAAUGCUUGCCUCCCUGGCUGCCGUGGAAACGAAAGACGACAUGAUGGCGGUGCAAGAACUCUUCAGCAGAGGAGAUGUUAAUGCCAAGGCCAGCCAGGCUGGUCAGACAGCUCUCAUGCUAGCAGUCAGUCAUGGGCGUUUAGAUAUGGUCAGGGCUCUUCUGGCUGCUGGGGCAGAGGUCAACAUCCAGGAUGAUGAGGGGUCAACUGCUCUAAUGUGUGCUGGUGAACAUGGCCAUGCUGACAUAGUCAAACUCUUACUGGCCCAGCCAGGCUGUGAUGCCUCACUGACUGACAAUGAUGAGAGCACUGCUCUGUCCAUUGCUCUGGAGGCUGGACACAAAGACAUCGCUAUGCUUCUCUAUGCCCAUGUCAACUACUCAAAGACCCAUCCUAGGUUUCUGUUUGUGUGUGUGAAUGCUCAUCCACAGGGAUCCCCUCGAAGCAAGACUCCACCUGUUGCACGAAUAAGCUCUUCUGACUGAUAUGACAUUUUUUCCAUGCUCUCCAUCCAUUCAGACAUCCCUUCUGAACUUCCUGUUCAAUCAUAUGACUGAGAUAAGGUUAUGUUUUCCAUACGGUGUAAUAUUAAUGAGAGCAAUCAUUUUAAAAGUGCAGUGCACUCACUUUUGGUAUUAUGAGCUGCAUCAUCUGUUUUCUUCUUUACUGAUGGUUAUAUUUCCCAGGUAUAAAAAUACCAGCUACGCAGACUGAAAGUAAUAAAGACUUGUAUAUUAACUAAAAACGUUUAUACUAUUAUGGUAAACUGCAUGUCAAAAUAAUUGUAUGUAUUAAUUUUAGGUGAUAUAUAAAUUAUAUGCAUUUUAGGAUUUUUUACAUUUAAAAGCUUGAUUUAAUUUCUUGUAAUAUAUAUUUUACCAAGUAUACACUAUUCAUGUCCAAAAUCUAAAAUCUAGAUUUUAAGAACUCUUAAUAAAAAUGAAUAUGUAAAUGUCAUGUUCAUAUAUACGUUAAUAAAUGUGAUUAAAUCACCACCUUGUUUACUGCAAAUAUUGCAUUACUCUGUACUCUUGUACAGUAUUCUAGAUCCGAAUUCAUAUAGUUAUAAUGCCAUCUAAUGGUGAAAAGCUAGAUUGCAGAUGAUCAGCAGACAUGAAGAAGGUCGUGCUAGUUGCAACUCUUGAGGACAAAAAUCUGCAAAAUAACAUUAGCAGGGCCGGCCCAGGCUCUGUUGCUGCACUAGGCGACAUUUUAGAUUCCAAACUAAAAAAAUUCUGAAACUGCUGAUUUUUCUAAACAUUACUAUAAUAAAACAUAACAUAAAUACUAAUAGUAAGUACUAAUAGUAAGUAUUAACAGAAGUAGUAAAUAAAUUGUGAUAAUAAAUAAAAUGGAGAUGUUGAUGCACUUUGUAGGUAUAUUAUGAGUGAAUCUGUUAAAAUUGCCUAUUAAGGAGACCAGACAUGAGCUUCUAUCACAACUAUGCCUACCGUGACAAGUACUUAUUACAACAUUGAGAAAUAUGUGCAAUAUGAAAUGCCUAAAAUAGUCUAACAGACAACAAAAGCAACAAAAUAAAGUCUACAUUUUGUAAUUUAUUUGUACAUGUUAGCCAGCAAGUUAGUCUAAUAAACAUUUCAUUUAAAUUUUUUGCGUAGGUCAGUGGAAAAUGACAUACAGUAGGCUACUUAAACUUAAUUAUUUCAUUUUAUGAAUGCCCAUAUGAAUUCUAGUCCUAGUCAUGAUCUUUUUCGAAAGACAUUUAGACACUCUGGUGGCAGGUCCUACAGUACAACCUGUACAUUUAAGUACUUAAAUUAAAUUUGAUCAAUUUUACUAGAAUGCCUCUUUAUGAAUAAUUUUCUUCAUGUCUGCUUGAGGCAUAUAUUAAUGCUAGAAUAUUUUCAAUGAGGCAUUUAUAGAAACUGGUCUGGAUAUGUGAACAUGCCAUUUGACUGUCAUCUGUUCUUCUAUAGAGACAGAUGCCCCAUAGAGACAGAUGGGUAAUUAUUACCCUGAUAAGAAAUGCCAUGUAGUGUGAAGGGCGUUUGAUUGUUCAGACAUCAUCUGAAUUUAGAACUUGUCUUGAAUUGGUUACAAUUUUGAAUUCAUUUGUUACAACUGAAUAUAAAAACAUGAUGAAACUCCAAAGACUUGCAUAGAGCACAAGUAGUAAUGGACUACUUUCAUGAUACUGCUUUUCAGUGACCAAUCUUAGGAGAGGAUCUCUUGAGAGCCAUAAUACAUCAGACAAUUCAAAAAUAUAUGCAUCUAUGUACAUAUGUUUCAGAUGGGUGUCUUUCGCCAUUGCAUCUCGCUAUUUUUUCAGUUACAAAAAUGUUUUAAGCUUAAAAGCUACAUUCACCAUUUAUUGUAAAGGCUCUGAGAAAAAGAGUAGCCAGUACAUUCAAUAUUUUGUGUUCCAAAAAGGUUUUACAUUGGAAGGACUUGAGGGCGAGUACCUGAUGACGGUUGUUUUCAUUCAUUUUUUGGUGUGAUCUAAUCUUUUAAAUGAGAUCUUGUUAUAUCAUUACAUUCUACUGCAUAAUGACAGUCCAUUCUUGAAGUUACACAAUCAUGUUUGCAGUUAUUGGCACGACAAAAGACAUUCUUCACAAAAUGAAGGACAUUUUUAUUUAAGAAUAAGGAAAGCCUAGCACAUGUAAAGGACAACAGCUGACAUUCAAUACUUAUGUAGAAUCAGUGCAGCUGUACUGAAAAAGAUGGCUGUCAGAUAAAAGACACAAACAAUAUCUUGUGGUGAGAAAUUGAUUUUAAAGGCUGCAUUCAUUUAGAUUAGCUUAGAAGAGUUGCUUUCUGUGUAGCUUUUAUUUUUAAGUUACAGCCAUAUUUUUGUAUUGGAAUACUGAUACCUGACACAUUAUCUAUAUAAGAAGCAUGCAUGGACUUUAUAUUGACAUUAAAUUGAAUAAAUCUUCACUGAUUGUACUUCAGCAUGUCUUUGGAUUUUAGCUCAUCUUUAUGUAGCUCAUUGUGUUUGAUAAUGUUCAGCUCAGUGUGUCUGUGUUUUGUGAUGGAAUGCUCUAGCAUUACAGCUCUGUGCGGUCUGCAGCCAGUAAUAGGUGGUGUUGCCAUGGAAACCGCCUCAGAUGUUUUACCAAAAUGCCCUUGUCGACCUGAUAGCGAAACAUGCAUAUGAAAUGUAAAAUUAUGACAGCAUGUAAUCAUACCACAACACAAGCAUAGACUUAAAUUCUUCUGUAAUAAAACAAUAUUGAUACUUGUCAGAAAUAUAUGAUUAUUUGAUGAAGCAAACAAUGACGUUUAUAAUGAAGCUAUAAUUUACAUGAAUGAUGUUGCACCUUAAAACUGAUUUUUAACACACUUAAGAAGCAUAGUUCAUUCAUGAAAAUUAUUAUGGAAAAUAUUGAAA